UUUCGGGCUUUUCUGUCACUAACAGCUGUCUCUCUCUUUAACGCUGCCAAAGUCCGCAAAGGAUUUAAAAAACAUAAAAAAGCAAAAAAAGGCUUGAAGAAGCUGAAGCGACACGACAACAAAGCAGAGAAACCUCAAGAGGACAAGAAGGACUCAUUUUUUGAGAAACUGGCAGCGCAGGUGAUCAAAAACCUGCAGGUCAAGAUCAGCAACAUCCACCUGCGCUACGAGGACGAUGUGUCGGACCCACAGCACCCUCUGUCUGUGGGAGUAACGCUUGCCGAGCUCAGCCUGCUGACCACGGAUGAAAACUGGAAGGCUUGUAUCCUGAAUGAAGCAGCAAAAAUCAUCUAUAAGCUGGGGCGUCUGGAGAGUCUCUGUGCCUACUGGAACGUAGACAGUCCCAUCUUCUACAAAGGAUCAUUUGAAGACAUCGUGGAUCAGUUGAAGCUCGGGAUCAGCAGUAAGGAUCAGGAGCUUCCCCAUUAUCAGUACAUGUUCAAGCCGAUCUUUGCUUCGGCUAAAAUGUGCAUCAACCCAAACGCUGAGCUGGAGCUGAAAACUCCAAAGGCUAACCUGCACCUUGAGGUUCAGAACAUCGCCAUAGAGAUGACCAAACCACAGUACCUGUCCAUGGUGGAGGUGCUGGAGUCCGUCGACUGCAUGUUCAAGAACGCCCCCUACAGGAAGUUCAGACCUGAUGUUUCAGUCCACAACAAUACCAGACUCUGGUGGAGGUACGGCUUCAACAGCAUCCUGGAGGUCCACAUCCGACGCUUCAGUCGCAUGUGGUCCUGGUCCAACAUCAUGGAGCACAGAAAGAACCUGAAGGCCUACAAGACCGCCUACAAGAACAAACUGCUGAGUCAGUCAAACAAGCCGAACCCAGACAACGAGCAACAGAUUCAGGAUCUGGAGAACGUUCUGGAUGUCUUCAACAUCACUUUAGCCCGGCAGCAGGCACAGAUGGAGGUGAUCAGGUCCGGGCAGAAGGAGUUGGCAAAGAAGGCGGCGGGGGGGCAGAAGCAGGGAGGAGGAGGUUUCUUCAGCGGCUGGUUCGGUCGAAAGGCUAAGAAGCAGGAGCAGGAGCCAGAGGACAGCAAAGAGUCGGAGACUUCGGGGUUGGACGAUAUCAUGACAUCAGAGGAGAAGAACAAACUCUACACUGCCAUCGGCUACAGCGGCAGCUCUCACAACCUGGCAUUGUUACCCAAAGAGUAUGUGGCGGUGGUCGUCACCUUCCAGCUGUUCAGGACCUCCGUGACGGUCAGAGAGCUCCCGGACAUCCCAGAAAUCCUCAAAGUCCAGAUGAUCGACCUCACCACCAAAAUAUCUCAGAGACCUGGAGCUCAGGCCUUCAGGGUGGAGGCGGGGCUGCAGCACUGGUACGUUACAGGUUUACAACAGCAGGGGGUGGUACCGUCGCUCAUUGCCACAGUGGGAGACUCGUCCUCGUCUCUGCUCAGCGUGUUGUUUGAGACGAACCCAGAGGAGAGCACGGCUGACCAGCUGCUCCGCGUCCACUCUCAGCCUGUCGAGAUCAUCUACGAUGCGCUGACGGUGAACAGUUUGGCCGAGUUCUUCAAAACGGGGAAAGGUGUCGAUCUGGAGGUCCUGACCUCAGCCACGCUCUCCAAACUGGAGGAGUUCAAAUCGAAAACUGCCACAGGUUUGUCUCACAUGAUAGAAACCAGGAAGGUCUUGGAUCUGAGGAUCGACCUGAAGCCAUCCUACCUGCUGGUACCCAAGUCGGGCCUGUACAGCAGCACGUCGGACCUCAUCAUUGUAGACUUCGGUAGUUUAAAGUUCAACAGCGUGGAGCAGAGCGGUGUGAAUUCGUCUUCAUCGUCCUUCUCCUCCCUGGAGGAAAUCAUGGAUCGAGCCUAUGAGAGAUACAACGUGGAGCUCAGAAGAGUCCAGGUGCUCCACAGCAAGUCAGGCGAGGCGUGGAAGUCGGCUCGGCUGCAGGACUCUUCAGUCCAACACAUUCUCAAACCGAUGGAUUUAACGGUCCAGCUGGCCAAGUGCAUGGUGGAGAAGGACGCCAGGAUGCCCAGGUUGAAGGUGUCAGGUGAGCUGCCGCUGCUGCACGUCAAGAUCUCGGACCAGAAGAUCCACAACGUGCUGGAGCUGAUCGAUAGUAUCCCUCUGCCCAUCAAGAGCUCCCCCCCGUCCACCCCCACUGAGAAGAUGCUGCCAUUGGUCGGGGCCAGAGCACAACUGCUCAGCCUCCACCCCUCCCUCCUCAGUGCCAUGGAUUCAGAUUCAGAUGAAGAGUCCAGUGAGAAGUCGACUGAUGAAGAUCAGCAGCGCUUGGCUCUGGAGGAGCUCACCGACCUCCAGUUCAAGUUUGAAGUCAAAGAGGUGCUGUUGGAGCUGACCCGGCAGGUGGACCAAGAGAAGACGGUCCUCUCCUUCAGCGUCUGUCAGCUCGGAGCUGAGGGGAAGAAACGGAUGUAUGACAUGAGCGUCACCUCAUACCUGCGCAGGAUCACUCUGGACUACUGCGACGUCCCAGACGGCAAGAACCGUCCUCUCCACCUGAUCAGCUCCGCAGAGCAGCAGGGCUCCGACCUGCUGAAGGUGGAGUUCAUCAAGGCUGAACAAAACGGUCCCAGCUUCCAGACUGUGUUCAACAACACGGAGCAAACGCUGAAGGUGGAGUUUUCCUCUCUGCACUUCCUCCUCCACACUAAAGCUCUCCUGUCGACCAUCAACUACCUGAACAGCGCCAUGCCGUCGAAACCCGGCGCCGCCCGCGACCAGGACGCCAAAAAACAAGAAGUGGAGAAGAUCGGGCAGGGCAGGACAGUGUCUAAAUCAGUCAAAGAUGGCGGCGUGUUCAGCUUCAAGCUGUUUGCCAUGUUGGGCUGCUUCCGCGUGGAGGUGUGUGAUGACCGCUGCAGCAUCGCCGACAUCAGAAUCCAAGGAAUCGAUGCGUCCGUGUUGGUGCAGGCGAAGGAGACGGAGGUGUUCGCUCGGCUCCGAGACAUCGUGGUCACAGACGUCAACCCCCAAACCGUCCACAGAAAGGCGGUGUCCAUCGUGGGUGAGGAGGUGUUCAGCUUCAAACUGUCCUUGUACACGGGGGCGACUGAGGGCGAGGGUUACAGCGACAUGUCUAAGGUGGACGGGAAGGUCACCCUGCGUCUGGGCUGCAUCCAGAUCGUCUACCUGCACAAGUUCCUCAUGUCCCUCCUGAUGUUCGUCGAUAACUUCCAAACAGCCAAAGAGGCUCUGAGCGCCGCCACGGCUCAGGCGGCAGAGAAGGCGGCGUCCAGCGUUCGGGGCUUCGCUCAGAAGAGUUUCCGUCUCUCCAUGGACAUCAAGCUGAAGGCUCCGCUCAUCAUCGUCCCCCAGUCGUCCACCUCCCAGAACGCCGUGGUGGUGGAUCUGGGUCUGAUCACGGUGGGGAACAGCUUCUCCCUGCUGCCGGCUGACGGCUUUUCUCUCCCGGCGGUGGUGGAGAAGAUGGACGUCAAGCUGACUCAUCUGAAGCUCUCCAGGACCACACUGAAACAAGGCUCCUCUCAGCCGGACAUCGAGAUCCUCAAGCCAAUCAACUUAGAGCUGCUCAUCACCAGGAACCUGGCCGCUUCCUGGUUCACAAAGAUACCUGGAGUCAAGGUCCAGGGAGUCAUCCACUCCCUCAAUAUGAGUCUGGGCGAGGAAGACCUCGGUGUGCUGAUGAAGAUCAUGGUGGAGAACAUUGGCGACGGCAGCGCAGAGCUCAGCAUGGACGUUAAAAAACAAGUGGCUCAAGACAAGGCGGAGCUUGCCGAGCAGCAGGUGGACGUGUUGCCGUUGGAGACGGAAUCUAACAGAGUUCUGGUCACCACCAACGGAGAUCUGACUGAAAACACCGUCAACGUUCUCCUCAACUUUGAACUCAAAGAGGUGUUGCUGACCCUGAAGAAGCCCAAAGAGCAAAAGGAGUCCCCUUUCCUGGUGUUUCACGUGGCUCAGCUUGGCAUCGACACCAAAGUCAGGAAGUACGACAUGUGCGCCUCCACGUACAUUAAAAAGAUCACCUUGGAGUGCCAUGAGUUUAAAGACUGGAAUGGCGAGCCGCUGUGUCUCAUCAGCUCGUCGGUGGAAUCAGGAACUGAACUUCUCAAAGUGCAGUAUUUCCAGGCCGACCGCUCAGGAUCAAACUUCUCAACCAUCUACAAGAACACAGAGAAGAUGAUCAAUGUGACCUUCACCUCUCUCGACCUCAUGCUCCACACUGAGGCUCUGCUCUCAUCCAUGAAUUUUAUUUCUGCGGCGCUGUCGUCUGCGAGUGUCUCGUCUCCAGAAAGAGAGAUCCGACCAAAGACAGAGGACAAGACUGUGUCAGCAAAGUCCACUGCCCUGGUGUCGCCUGCAGACAGUGAGGUCAUCGACCUGAAGGUGAUGAUGAACCUGGGAGCCUUCAACGUCCUGGUGUGCGACCGGAGCUGCAACAUUGCCGACAUUAAGAUCCAAGGUAUCAAUGGCUCUCUUUUGAUGCAAGGACCACAAACUCACAUAUCAGCCAGUCUGAGGGAUUUCCUCGUCCUGGACAUCGAUCCAAAGACCGUUCACGAGAAGGCCAUCUCCAUCGUGGGCGAUGAGGUGUUCAGCUUCACAAUGAGUUUGACGCCCAACGCCACAGAGGGUGCAGGAUACUCCGACACCUCCAAAACUGACGGCCGACUGAAGCUGAAUGUGGGCUGCAUCCAGGUGGUUUACCUGCACAAGUUCAUCAUGUCUAUGCUGAACUUCACCAACAACUUCCAGACGGCUAAAGAGGCUCUAACCGCUGCGACGGCUCAGGCUGCGGAGAAGGCGGCGUCGAGUGUCCGAGACUUCGCCCAAAAGAGCUUCCGUCUGUCCAUGGCCAUUAAUCUGAAGGCCCCGCUCAUCAUCAUCCCCCAGUCGUCCACCUCCCUUGAUGCACUCGUCAUGGACCUCGGUCUGAUCACGGUGGGAAACAGCUUCAGUCUGCUGCCUGCCGAUGGAUGCCCGCUGCCGGCUGUCAUCGACAACAUGGAAAUCCAGCUGAAGCACCUGAAACUGUCCAGGACCUGCAUCGACCCGGCUACGAGUCAACCCAGCAUCGAGCUGCUUGAACCCGUAAACCUGAACCUAAACAUCAAGAGAAACCUGGCAGCUUCCUGGUACAAGAAAAUGGUUGCCGUGGAGAUCGAUGGAGAUCUGAAGCCCAUGAAGGUGAAGCUGAGUCAGGACGACCUGAAGGUGCUGCUGAGGAUCCUCACGGAGAAUCUGGGAGAGGCAAGCAGCCCGGAGCCGCUGCCCCCCAAACAGGUGGCCAGUCUGCAGGCUCGAGCAGUAGGAGACCCCGACACAGGCGAUGUUGGGAAAAAGACAGUGAGCAGCGAUGAAGACGAGGAGGAACCUCUGGAGACCAUGAAGUUCAACUUCAGCAUCGAGUCUCUCGGUCUGGUUCUGUACAGCAGCGACCCCAAACAGCCCUCUGAGCUCCGGCACCAGGAGAACCUCAGACUGGGCGAAUUCGCUCUGCACCUGCUGAAGACUUCAGGGAGGACAAUGAACAGCGGCAGCAUGGAGGUGACCACCAUCCUCACCAACUGCACGCUGGACGAUCUGAGGAGCGGCAUGGAGAGAGUGACAUCACGGAUGCUCGGUCGCAGAGAUGAGCAGAGCUCCGAGGCGAUGAUCGAUUUGACGUAUCGACAGAGCGCCGCAGAGAGGGAGGUGGUGGCUGUUCUGCAGAAACUCUACCUGUGUGCCAGCGUGGAGUUUCUCAUGGCCGUCGCCGAUUUCUUCUUGAAGGCUCUGCCGCAGACACCGACUCAGACCGCCGCCUCCACACAGAGUGACAGACUGCCGCUGAAACAGACCGCUGAGCCGCGAGCCGAGCCGAAGACGGCCUCGGCGGUCAGGACUCGUCUCCGGGCGGUGGUGGUGGACCCGGAGGUGGUGUUUGUGGCCAGCUUGAUGAAGGCCGAUGCCCCGGCCCUCGUGGCCUCGUUCCAGUGCGACUUCUCCCUGCAGGGCGAGGCGGACGGCACCCAGAACAUGAGAGCCAACCUGAGGGAGCUGAAGGUCCUCGCCUGCCCCUUCAUGCGAUGCAACGAGGAGGACAAGGCCGUCACAACGGUGCUGAGACCCUGCUCCGUCGCCUUGGAAACCAAAACCCACCCAAGCCAACCACUGAGCGGCUCUGUGGUGGUGGAGGAAGUCAUUGUCAAGAUCUCUCCGUUCAUCCUCAACACGGUGAUGACGAUAACGGCCGCCAUGACGACGACGAAGCAGCAGCAAGAUGAGCAGAGCGCCGAGUCCAAGCUGGACACCUCGGACCUCUGGUCUGUCAUGAACAUCUACGGCUGUAACUACUGGUUCCUGGGCGUGGACCAGGCAAUGGAGGUCACCGAGAGCUUCACAGUGCAGGACGGACGGAACGAGGGCGAGAGCUUCGCAGCGGAGAUCAAGGUGGUCCAGGUGACUAUGGAGUCCGGUUUAGGUCACCGGACCGUCCCUCUGCUGCUGGCCGAGUCUGCCUUCAGCGGAUCGGCCAAAAACUGGUCGUCUCUGAUGCAGCUGAGCGCCGACAUGACGCUGGAGGUGAACUACUUUAAUGAGACCCAUGCAGUGUGGGAGCCUCUGAUUGAACGGGUGGACGGCGGCAGCCGCAGAUGGAACCUGGAGCUGGAGAUGAAGAACAACCCAGUUAAGGACAGGAGUCCAGUCCACGGGGACGACUUUGUCAUUCUGCCUGAACCUCGCACGGCCAUCAGCAUCUGCUCCAAAGACACCAUGAACAUCACGGUCUCCCAGUGCACCCUCAACGUCCUGCAGAACCUCUCCAAGGCCUUCUCAGAGGGCACGGCCUCCACAUUUGACUUCUCUCUGAAGGAGAAGGCCCCCUUCACCAUCAGAAACUCUCUGGGGAUUCCUCUCAUCGUGCAGCACGGCGCCAGCCUGAGGCCCGUGUCCUCGCCGUCGCUGGGAAAGCUGCACGAGCUGCAGGUGGAUCAGAGCAUGGACCUGGAGUACUCCAUGAUCCGGCUGUCCUCACGGGGAAAACUGUCAGCUCUGCAGCGGCAAGAGAGCUGCCUGUUCAACCUCAGCAUCGUUCCCUCGGGUUUCAGCGAGAUCGCAAACAUUGCUGUAGACAAACCGGGUCGCCGUCUCUACAACAUCCGCGGCCCGAUGGAGCAGGAUGCGGUUUCUGUGCUGAUGCAGAUCGACGCGGACCAGGGUAACAAGGUCAUCACUGUCCGCUCACCGCUGCAGAUAAAGAAUCACUUCUCGGUGCCGUUCACCGUCCUCAAGUACUGCCCCACAUCCAGGAGCCUGCAGAGCAUCGGGCUGGCCCAACCUGAGACAGAGUUCCACAUCCCAUUAGAAACAUACAGGUGUCAGCUGUUUGUGCGUCCAGCAGGAAGCCUCGAAGGUCAGUAUCGCCCGUCCUCCACCUGUGUGGCGUGGAAGGAGCAGGUGCACCGCAGCUCGGAGGUGCAGUCCAUGCUGCAGUGUCCGGCCACCGACAGCAGCCUGAUACCGCUGACGGUCAGCACGCUGGCUGUCCCCGACGACCUCAGACACAUCGCCAGCCACGGACAGGAGGACUGGGACCCGGCCUACGUCAUCCACCUCCACCCUGUGGCCAUGCUGCGAAACCUGCUGCCUUACACCCUGCGCUACAUGAUGGAGAACUCUGCAGACUCUUAUGAGCUCCAGGAGGGCAGCACGUCCGACCUCCUGAACGCCCGUGUCGCCGGCGAGAUCGUGUCCCUGGUGCUGAUGAGGUAUCAGGGCCGGGACUGGCACGGACACAUCCGCAUCGAUCAGGAGAUUUCCGAGUUCUUCGCCGUGUGCCUCACCUGCGACUCGGACACCAGCGUCACCAUCGACGUGAGCAUCCACGUGACGAGGACGUGCGGCCGCGUGCUCCUCUCCGUCUUCAGCCCGUACUGGAUCAUCAACAAGACGUCCCGAGUGCUGCAGUACAAAUCGGAGGACCUCAGCGUGAAACACCCGGCUGACUUCAGAGACAUCAUCCUGUUCUCCUUCAGGAAGAAGAACCUGUUCAGCAAGAGCAAGCUCCAGCUGUGUGUCUCCACCAGCUCCUGGUCUGAUGGUUUCUCUCUGGACACUGUGGGGAGUUAUGGCUGCGUUCGCUGUCCCGCCAGCAACAUGGACUUCCUGGUGGGAGUCAGCAUCCAGAUGAGCAGCUUCAACCUGACCAGGAUCGUCACCAUGAGUCCCUUCUACACGCUCGUCAACAAGUCGUCGUAUGAGCUGGAGGUGGGGGAGGUCAUCAACCACAACUCUACCAAGUGGCACUACAUGUCGUCCACCGAGUGCCUCCCUCUGUGGCCGGAGAACACUUCAGGGAAGUUGUGCAUCCGCGUUGUGGGAUCUGAAUCCACCUCCAAGUACUUCUUCUUUAACAAGCAGGAUAACGGCACCCUGCUGAGCCUGGACAUGUGCGGUGGGAUCAUUGUGGACGUCAACAUGUCUGAUCUGUCCACCCUCAUAAGUUUCAAUGACUACUAUGAAGGAGCCGCUCCGGCCCUGCUGCUCAACCACACACCCUGGGUCACCCUCAGCUACAAGCAAAGCGGCUCAUCGGUGGCUCACCAGCUGAAACCUGGCGAGGCUCGGCGGUUUGUUUGGGACGACCCGGCCGGCGUCCGAACCCUCAGCUGGAACUGCAUGGAGCAUUCUGGAGAGCUUGACCUGCUGAAGGACGAUGUUGGUCAGUUCGCCUAUGACAGCCUCUCUCAGGUCCACUGGGUGUCCUUCCUGGAUGGACGCCAGCGGGUGCUGCUGUUUACCGAGGACGUCGCCGUGGUGUCAAAGGCUCGACAGGCAGAGGAGCUCGAACAGUUCCAACAGGAAGUAAAGGUGUCGCUGCAAAACCUCGGACUGUCGCUGAUCAAUAACACGAGCCGACAGGAGAUCGCUUACAUCGGCAUCACCAGCUCCGGUGUGGUUUGGGAGAUGAAGCCAAAGAAUCGCUGGAAGCCUUUCAGUCAGAAAAACAUCAACCUGCUGGAGAAAACAUACCAGAGUCAGCUGGACGGGAAGACCGAAGGAGGCUGGGUCAAACUGGAGCCCAACCUGGAGGUGAACUUUAACGCAGCCAACAUGAUGAUGCGACAGCCGGUAUCCUGCCAGAUUAGGAGGAACUUCCUGUCUGGGAUCCAGGUGGAGUUCAAACAGUCACUUCACCAGCGCAGCCUGAGGGCCCAGCUGCACUGGCUGCAGGUUGAUAACCAGCUUCCUGGGGCCAUCUUCCCCAUUGUCUUCCAUCCAGUUCCUCCUCCAAAAUCCAUCGCCCUGGACUCAGAGCCGAAGCCUUUCAUCGACGUGUCCAUCAUCACCAGAUUCAAUGAGCACAGCAACGUCAUGCAGUUCAAGUACUUCAUGGCUCUGGUGCAGGAGAUGGCGGUGAAGAUCGAUCAGGGCUUCCUGGGAGCCAUCUUGUCUCUCUUUACGCCGGCUGCUGACCCCCUGACGGACAGACAGAAGACGCAGCUGAUAGAGAAAGAUCUGCAGGUGCUUCAGGUCGAGCUGACGGAGGCGUCGCUCAACGACACGUCGGGACUCAGCUUCUUUGAACAUUUCCACAUCUCACCCAUCAAGCUCCACCUCAGUCUGUCUCUCGGCUCGAGUGGCGACGACGACACGACCGAGGAGGUGGCGGCCAUCAAGUCCUUUAACCUGCUGCUGAAAAGUAUCGGAGCUACGCUGACCGAUGUUGAUGACCUCAUCUUCAAGCUGGCUUUCUUUGAGGUGAAGUACCAGUUCUACCGCAGAGACAAGCUGAUGUGGGCGGUGGGCCGACACUACAGCGAGCAGUUCCUGAAGCAGAUGUACGUCCUGGUUUUGGGUCUGGAUGUCCUGGGAAACCCGUUUGGACUGAUCCGAGGUCUGUCUGAGGGAGUGGAGGCCUUCUUUUAUGAACCAUUUCAGGGAGCUGUUCAGGGCCCAGAGGAGUUUGCAGAAGGUUUUGUGAUCGGAGUCCGCAGCCUGCUGGGUCACACUGUCGGUGGCGCUGCAGGUAUGGUCUCCAGGAUCACAGGGUCGGUGGGUAAAGGUCUUGCAGCCAUCACCAUGGACAAAGAGUACCAGCAGAAACGACGAGAGGAGAUGAACCGAACGCCCAAAGACUUUGGAGGGAGUCUGGCUAAAGGAGGAAAAGGACUGCUGAAGGGCGUCGUGGGCGGAGUUACAGGCAUCGUCACCAAACCUGUGGAGGGCGCAAAGAAGGAGGGAGCAGCUGGUUUCUUUAAGGGCAUUGGGAAAGGCUUGGUGGGCGUGGUCGCGCGGCCCACAGGCGGCAUCAUUGACAUGGCCAGCAGCACCUUCCAGGGCAUCCAAAGAGUGGCGGAGUCGACAGAGGAAGUGACCAAACUGAGGCCGGUUCGUCUGAUUAGGGAGGACGGGAUCAUCCGACCGUAUGACCUGACAGAGUCGCAGGGUUUUGACCUCUUCCAUCGCUCCGAGAUCAAACAGCUGGAUGGUGAAGUGUUCAGAGAUCACUGUCUGUACCCCGGACACAAAAAGACAAACAUCAUCGUCACAAACAAGAGGGUGAUGUGUGUGAAGGAGGUCAACUUUGUGGGUCAUUUCAACAAAGAGUGGGAGUGUCUAUUUGAGAACUUCUACCGUCCUCCAGCUGUGACGGGGACUGAGCUGAAGAUCUACUGCAAGGAGCAGCAGAAGUUAAAGUUACCAAAGAAAGACCAUCAGGAGCCUGUGAGGAACAUCCAGCUCCAAGACACAAUCACUGCUCAGAAGCUGCAGGCGACCAUAUCGGAGGCUCAGGUGGCGCAGCAGCAGCACCGCAUGGCGAGACAGAAGUCGCAACGCUUCCUGAAGCCGAACAGCAAGCACUGAGGUCACUUCCUGUCGACUGCUGAUUUAUAAUCAUCUCACCCCGCACCUUUAUGAAAGAAAAUAAUAAUAAUGUAAACACCUGUAUUAAUCAGACAGCUCCUGCCAUAACUAUGUUUACACUGCUGGCUGUCUCCAUGGUUAUGUUGUGAAGAGGAAGUGCCACUUUUUGUUUUUUAUUUCUUUGUUUGCACUUUUCUUUAAGUUUUGUCACUUUUUCCUCUGUUCUCCACUGUUCUUUAAUUUUUUUUUUUUAAUUGACCACUUCUUCACUUUCUGACUCAUCAUUUAACGUACACAAUCUGAUAUUUAAAUCUGAGGGGCAUGAUGAGGUUUUGGAAACAGAAAUGUCUCCAUCCAGACCACAAAUUGAGAUUUUUUUACUUCCUGAAUGCCAAGUGAUGCCUCAUUUUGAUUGGAUAGAUGGCAUGAUGAAGAAAGAUCAGGUCAGUAGAACGCAGAUGUAACAGUUUUGUUUUUUACAUUUUCUUAAAGGAAGAAUGUGC